AUGAAGUUGAUCAGUAUUGGGCCGAAUCGGGUAGCCAUACAUCGUUUGUUCCCGGGGGAGAAUUUGAGAAGGGGAUGUAUUUCGAAAGAAAUGGUGAAGAUGUAUUCUAUACAGAGGAAUCAAUUCUACACCACAGUGACAUCGAAUGAGAGUGUCCUUCAUUUGCAGUGUAAGAAGAAAUGUGGUUGGAUGCUACCGGGUACCAAAUCAAGUGAGCGCUCGCGUGGCUUUACCCUAGUCACGUACAAAGUCCCACACCGGGAGAACUGUGUCACUGAAGUACUAUCUACUGAUCACCCGCACUUGGAUUCGUCAAUAAUAUCAGAGUAUGUGAAGUCCUUUGUGCGGAAAGAUCCGUCCUUGAAAGUUGAAUUCAUACAGGAACUCGUCUCCAAGCAAUUUCAUUUCGAUGUUCCGUAUCGAAGAGCAUGGUAUGCGAAGGAGAAAGCAAUAGCUGAAAUAUUUGGGGAUUGGGAUAGUUCUUACGGCAGACUCCCGCACUUCAUGCAAGCACUCCAACAGUCAAACCCGAGAACAUGUGUCGUAUGGAAACACAAAGCUCUGGUGGACGGUGUAUACUACAGCAACAUGGAAGUGUUUGAACGAGUGUUUUGGGCCUUUGGUCCUUAUAUCGACAAUUUUAAACAUUGUAUGCCUGUUAUCUGUAUCGAUGGGACGCACUUGUACGGGAAUUACAAAGGAACACUGUUGGUUGCUACAAGUGUGGAUGCAAGCUUCCAAGUAUUUCCGCUAGCAUUUGCGGUGGUUGAAGGGGAAAACACUUCCAGCUGGUCUUGGUUCCUGGGCUGCAUUCGGGUUCAUGUCACGCAACGAGAUGGUCUCUGUGUUAUAUCUGAUCGACAUCUUGGGAUUAUUGCAGCAAUGAAUGAUCCUAACGUUGGAUUCACCGAGCCGUGA